AUGAGCAUGGAAUAUACAAAAGAAAGAGCUGAAGAGCUUCUCAGCAAGGCCAAAAAUGUGAAUGAUAUAGUUGGUAAACUUGGGGGAGGAAAGACAAGAUUGGUGUGUGUUUCAAAGUUGAAACCAGCAAGUGACAUCAAAGCUUUAUAUGAUGCAGGCUAUAGACAUUUUGGAGAAAACUACGUUCAAGAAUUGACAGAAAAGGCAAAAAGUUUACCUAAAGAUAUCAACUGGCACUUCAUUGGAGGUUUACAAACCAAUAAGACGAAAGAUCUUGCCAAAAACGUUGAUAAUUUGUAUGCUGUGGAGACCAUUGAUACUGAGAAGAAGGCCAGAAAGUUAAAUUCGACCCGUGAAAACGUUUCCAAACCGAUUAUUAACAUCUUCAUUCAGGUGAACACAUCCGGAGAAGAACAGAAAUCUGGAAUUUCACCCGAGGAUUGUGAAAAGUUGGCCAAAGUUAUCUUGGAUGAAUGUCCAAAGUUGCAUCUUCAGGGAGUGAUGACGAUCGGUUCGAUAGUGGAAUCAAAAUCCGGCGGCAUCAACCAUGAUUUUAUCAAGUUGGCAGAGGUGAGGAAGCUGUUACAAGAGAAUUUGAAAGUGGAAUUAGAAAUGAGUAUGGGAAUGAGUAGUGAUUUUGAGGAGGCAAUUAAGCAGGGAUCGACUGAAGUGAGAGUCGGAUCAACGAUAUUUGGAGUCAGACCUCCUCGAAACGGACAUUGA